AAAGCUAACAGGUGACCUGCGUUGGAGAUGCUCUAAUACGCGUCCUCCCCGACGUCCUCCGACUUGACCGUUGCCACACCUGACGAACCUUGCCGCCUAUCUCACAACCCUAACAUAGCUCCUCCUCGUCAUGCUGCUAUCCUGCGCCUCCUCUCCUCCCUUAACAUACGCACCCCGUCUCUUUAUCCUGUCCCCCUCUCAAUGUAUCAUGUAUUUCCAUCUCCCACAAUACUAGGUUUCCGCACUUUCCUAAUUCGUCCAAGUCUUGCAGUGGUCCAAAGCAGUUUAGGGUUCUCAAGAGCAAUGGCGUCUUCUAAAGCUACCUCUAAACCUACUAUUAUUGCCAAAAGUGAUGAUGAGUCUGAAGCUGGAAAUGUUGAAAAUGAUUUUGAGAGUGAUUCGGAUAGUAUAGAUAGGUUGUCAGUUGUUCAAUUGAGACAGAAGCUAAGGAGUGUUGGUGUCCCGGUGAAAGGGCGUAAAACUGAGCUGGUGGAUGCUUUGAGGGCUUAUCUAAGCUCAAAUCCUGGUGACGACUGCAAAAACAUGGAACCGAAAUCAAAUUCUUCGAAGGAAAAUCUGAAAAGGAAGGUUGAAAGUUCGUCUGUUCAGAUACAAGCCGAGAGCGUCAGUUCUACUGUUUCAAAGGUUGCUGUGGCGAAACGGACCAAGAAAGGUGUGAAUAAGGCACCAGAUGAGGAAACCAUUGCGGAAUCUAAAACCAAGCGAGUUGCUAAAGAUAAAGUUACAUCAAUAAGAUCUAACAAGGCAACAGUUAGUAAAGCUCUAUGUGCAAAGGAAGACGUUCCAGCGGAAGUGGAUGGAGAAUCUAAGAUGGUUGAUCUUAUAGAGAAUCAAUUUGAACCCUGGACUGUUCUUGCACACAAGAAGCCACAAAAAGGGUGGAUACCUUACAAUCCCCGGACCAUGAGGAAGCCUCGUCUUACUGCUGAUACAAAGCAUGUUAAGUUGAUGUCUUGGAAUGUCAAUGGCUUACGAGCUUUACUGAAAUUAGAAGGCUUUUCUGCACUGCAACUUGCACAAAGGGAAGACUUUGAUGUGUUGUGCUUGCAAGAAACUAAAUUACAGGAGAAAGAUGUCGAGGCAAUCAAAUGCUCUCUUCUUGAAGGAUAUAAAGAUAGCUUUUGGACAUGUAGCGUUUCCAAGCUUGGGUAUUCUGGUACUGCAAUUAUCUCAAGGAUAAAACCACUUUCAGUGAGAUAUGGCCUUGGCAUAUCAGAUCAUGAUAGUGAAGGGCGUCUUGUGACAGUAGAGUUUGAUUCUUUCUAUUUGCUAUGUAGUUAUGUUCCAAAUUCAGGUGAUGGUCUAAAAAGACUGUCAUACAGAGUUACUGAGUGGGAUACUUCUCUAAGCAAUUACAUGAAAGAGCUAGAGAAGAUGAAGCCUGUUAUUUUAACGGGAGAUUUGAAUUGUGCGCAUGAAGAAAUCGAUAUUUAUAAUCCUGCAGGAAAUAAGAGAAGUGCUGGUUUUACGAUUGAAGAAAGGCAGUCAUUCGAGACAAACUACUUAAAAAAUGGCUUCGUUGACACGUUUAGGAAUCAGCAUCCUGGUGUUGUUGGCUAUACUUACUGGAAUUACAGGCAUAAUGCACGCAAGACAAAUAAAGGAUGGCGCUUGGAUUACUUCCUUGUUUCAGAGUCCAUCUCCGACAAGGUUUAUGACUCGUAUAUUCUCCCAGAUGUUGGUGGUAGUGAUCAUUGUCCUAUUGGCCUCAUUCUUACGCUCUAGGUUAGGUAGAACUAUUAACUUCUUGGCUCAUACGUUGGUAUAAUGCCUCUUAAAAAAGGAGGAAUAUUAUAUUAUAUCUGCAGCCUGUCAUCAUAUGACAUUUUUGUGUAAAUAUCUGCCGAACUGAAUUUUUAUGUUAAAUCUGGCAUAACUGGACUUGAAUAUGCAUAUAUGCAUCACCUAUAUGUGUUUCAGAA